AAGUUUUCUCGACGGUUUUUUCUUUUUCUUCUUCUUCCCGGGAACCAAACAAACAAUCAUGAGAGAUAUUAUAAGUGAAGAACAGAUUGUUGAGUUCAAAGAAGCCUUCUGUCUGUUUGACAAAGAUGGGAAUGGUUGCGUUACCGUUGAAGAAUUGGCAAUGGUGAUUGGUUCACUGGACCGAUAUCCCACAGAAGAAGAACUCCACGACAUGAUCACUGAAUUUGAUGCUGAUGGCGAUGGAGCUGUUGAGUUUGCAGAGUUCUUCAACUUGAUGGCCAAGAAAAUGAAGGAAACUGAUGCAGAAGAAGAACUUCAAGAGGCUUUCAAGGUUUUUGACAAAGAUCAAAAUGGGUACAUCUCAGCUAAUGAGCUAAGGCAUGUGAUGAUCAAUCUUGGUGAGAAAUUAAGCGACAAAGAGGUGGAGCAGAUGAUCAAAGAAGCUGAUUUGGACGGUGAUGGUCAGGUCAACUAUGAUGACUUUGUCAAAUUGAUGACAACCGUUGGAUGAAAAGAAGUUUCUUCAUCCACGAUUGUUAAUUAUUAAUCUAGUUUUGUCUUGGAAAAUUCGUUUAGUUUCUAU